UCCUAAAAAGUCAAGUGCUAAACCAACAAAACAACACCAAAUGGAAAUGGCAUAAAUAAUAUUAAUAUUACGUAAAACACGAUCAGAAUAAAAUAAACGGGAAGAAUUAUAAAUACACAGCACAGACCAAAAUGGCCUCAGGAGGCUCAGGCGCUGUUUUUUUCCUCGGUACACGGGCUCACUAUCAGGUUCUCCAACAGCCAGAGAGGUCCUACGACGCUGAGAAUGGCAAUGCGUCAACCGAGACGAUCUACCAGAACCCAUCGGUCCGCGAGACAUGGACGGACAACGCUCAGAGCGACAACGCCAGCUACGUUAGCGACCGGACCAGUUUUAGCUAUUGCGAUGACGUCUCGGAUGACAAUAGAUUGGAAAUUGGUAGCGGUGUCAAAAGAAGGAACAAAAGACGCCCGAGCGAGACGACGCUAUGUGAGCGGGACAACGAAAUGAAACCAGCUCUUUUGAAUUCCCUAGAUAGGGGCACUCCAGUGAGGAUGUCGUUGCGCCGCCUCUCCCCCCUGAGCCUGCUCUCGUCGCUCGGCCGCCGCAAGCGCCGCCACUCGGGCCACACGCUGCAGCACAUCGAGAGCGCGCUCACUGUCUGCUCGGGCACUCCAGUGAGGAUGUCGUUGCGUCGCCUCUCCCCCCUGAGCCUGCUCUCGUCGCUCGGCCGCCGCAAGCGCCGCCACUCGGGCCACACGCUGCAGCACAUCGAGAGCGCGCUCACUGUCUGCUCGUACAGAGAGUCGUGUCGGUGUCUCGACUGCCAGAGUCGUUAUUUCGAGUGUGACGACAGUGAGGGCUAUACUUCGGAUGACAGUGAUUUCACUCCGAGGUAUGCGAGCAAUGUUUCCCGCCCACGAGACUUGGAGUACGGUUAUAUGCAAGACGGUGAUGAUGAGGUAUUCACAGACACAGCGCCCGACGACAGUACAUCCACAGACAUGCUCAUAGACAAGAAGAUGUCCGUUUCCUCUGCAUCAUCAGAGGAUCCGGAGACAAUGCAGCUGGAGGUGGCAGCCGGAACACCGGUUUUGUUAAACUAUCUGCUUACACACCCUAUCACUUGCAGCAUUCAAUAGGUGCCGUGUGGUUCCCGGCAGUGCCGUGUGGUUCCCGGUGUUCACCGAUACGAAAAAAGAAUAGGACCACUCCGUCUCUUUCCCCCAUGGACGUCGUAUAAGGCGACUAAGGGAUAGGUAGACAAAAUAGCUGAACGUGGACAUUCAGUGUUUUCAACACUGUUGGCUCUGUCUACCCCGCAAGGGAUAUAGACGUGACCAUAUGUAUGUAUGCGUUUAAUAGGUUCAAUGAACCUGUUUGAUGAUGUAGCGGGAGCGAUGAUUCGGCUCGACCGCCACCAAAGGGAAGAUCUUCCUGUAGGCUGGUGUGACGCCUGGGGAACCGCGCGACAGACGAUGUUGUGUCGGAGGUUGUAUAUAUGCUGCGAUCCGUGAAAUCUAUCAAAGAUUUCUUCUUUUGGAGAAAAAUACUAACGUUUUUUCGCUAAGUUGUAAGUUAUAAAUUAAUAAUUACCUAAUGAAUAAAAUAAACAUGUUAAUUUGAAAUCAAAUUGAUAUAGGUAUUACAACCUAUAUUGAAACCUUAAUUUGUGUACUUAUAAUAAAAAGCAUGGCCUAAUGUUAGUAUUGACAUACAUAAUUGGGUCUCAUAAUUUUUGUAAGUACCUAAAUCUACAUCAUAGUUUCAAUAACAUAAUUUGUAAAAUUUAUUUGCAUAUUUUAUUGGAUGGAUGAAAUUAGGUUGACUAAGCAAAUAUACAAGGAGAGUGUGGAGGGAAAGGUCGGAGUGGGAAGGCCUAGACGAACGUAUCUCGAUCAAAUUAAGGACGUCCUGGCAAAGGGUCAGGUCAAGAGUACCCGAAAAAUGAAAUGAAAGAAGUAUACUUACAGAGAUUGUGGCAAGUAGAAAGAUGUAGUCUCUGUCUACCCCUCCGGGAAAAAGGCGUGAUUUUAUGUAUGUAAUUUCUUCAACGUAGGUACCUAUUAAUCUGACUUUUCACGCGUGAAUUGUUAUGCGUUAAUGGAAAAGUUUUUAAAUUAUGCUAUUAGAAGUUAUGAAAACCAAUGUUAAUAAACUAGUUAAAAAUAAAACUGCCCGAAAAUUUGUGAAAAAGAGUGAGAUAGCGAUAUAAUAUGAUACUUAAAUCUAUGUAACUAUUUAUUUAGAAUAAUAGAUAUAAAAUCCAGUUAUUAUAGUUUUAGUCUUAAGCGCAUUUAAGAUUAUUGAUUACUAUAAUAAUUAUAUUAUAUAUUUACUAUAAUAAUUAUUUGCUAUUAAAUGCUAUAUUGUGUAAAAUGACACGAAUUUUGCUUUGCACGGACGCCAUUUUGAAAAUAUUGUUAUUAAUAAUUUAGAAGUAAACACAUAAUUUAAGUGCUUUUAGGUAAAAACAUGAUGAAUUAAUGUGUUUAUUAGCAAAAUCAGCACGGUUGUAACACUGAAUUAUUAAUAAUUCUCACAUUAAAAAUAAUAAAUGAAGAAGUCAAAAAUUUCGAAUACGUGGGUAUCAAUUAAUGUGUUUUACAUUUCAUUGAUAUCGUAAAAAGUCUACGGCUAUCACCGGACCAUUAUUAAUUGAACUAUGAUAAAUAGAAAGAUCAGGAUGGAGCGAUAAUUGUAUCAUAAGUGCGAAAGAGAUAGGUAGAUCGUAAUAAGAAAAGUCUUAUAGAUUGAUCUAUGCACAGCUAUUUAUAAGAACUUACAAUUUAUCAAGAAUUUCGUCCAAUUAGCUUGCAAUGCAAAUGUAUAGAUUAAUAUUGUAUUGAGUAGACUGCUUUUAAUCCUAAAACCUAAUAAUUGUAAUAAAAUAAGCGAUGAAUUAAAUAUUAUACUGUAUUCUAGACUAAGUGAUGAAGUUACCAAUUAACCGAUCGUUGUAAGUAAGAUCUGACACAAAUGUUGUGGUAUUAAAAUUAUCGGUACGCGGAAAUGUAUCGCUGUUUCGCUUUUUAUGAAUACAUGAAACGGGGCAGCUAUAGUUUUCCGCGCGAUAAUAACGGCGUCGCUCGUGCCGUGGUAGAGAGCAGGAUCUAACAUUAGAAAAAUGUUUGCACUGAUUAAAAAGUAUGUCAAAAA